UAUACUUAUCUUACUUUAACUUAUUGCACCGGUGCAACAGUGCAGCUAGAAAGAACAGACCACUAAAUUAGAAGAACCAUCAUAUAUGUCACAUUGUAUUUUGUGGUGUCAAAUAACCUACAACGAAAGUUCGGUUGACGGCACGUUAAAUCUAUAAAAAAAAAAAAAAAAAAAAAAACAUUGUAUUUUGUGUAUAGCAAAUAAUAGUAACAGAUAAAUUGUUACUAUUGUUAUAUCCUUAUAUCCUUAAUAUCCAAUUAAGGUAACGAGUAUGAAUGUAAUAAUUAACUAUUGCGAACAAACAACGAGAAUAGCCGGUAGUUUAUUGAGAAACAGUGGUAACCUUUCAAGAAAGUAUGCCACUAUAGCCGAUUACAAAAUCACCUGGGUACGGCCAGAAAAAGUUUCGUAUACAUCAUCUGAAAGGUCUGGUGAUCAAGGAUUAAAACUCGAUGUGAAAUUAUCCGAUCUUGGUAAAAUGUAUAAUGAGUUACCUGAAUUGCAAAAUGCCAGCGAUAUUGUUAAAAGGAUAUUUACCUUACAAUUUCUACCUCGCAAAGAAAUAAUUAAUGUCAGGAGGGAAAAAGUGUUGGAAUUAGUCCAAAGACAUAGAUUGGAUGUAAAAUCACCAGAGGCUCGAAUUGCCAUUAUGACAAGCGAUAUACAUCAGUUGCAAGAAUAUUUAACAGAAUAUCCCAAGAACACGACAGUGAAAGUGAAAUUGCUAGAAACGAUCGCAAAGCGAAGGAAAUUGCUGAAAUUCUUACGACGAUGGGAUUAUAGACGUUUUGAAUGGAUUUUGGAGAGACUCAAUCUUGUUUAUAAACCGACACCAGAGUUACCACAUCAGAUUACCAGGAAAGAGUCUCUAAGACGACUAACGGAAAAGCAUUGCGACAAGAUUGUGCAAGAAAAAUUGAAUAUUUAUAAAAGAAAAUUGAAAGAACUGCAAAAGGACUUUUAUACAGAAAAGGCGGAGAGGCUCGCAUUUAUCAGGGAAGAAGAAUUAGCAUGUGGAUUAAAACCGUCAGUUAGCGAAGAGGACAUUGCAUGUGCCAGACAAAAAGCAAAGGAACACGAAACUGAUGGAAAAGUGUAAUUUAUGAACAAUGCAAUAAACAUAAAUUAUGUUAUUAUCAA